AUGCGGUCCGCCAUCCUGAUCAUUCUCCUGUUGGAAGCAGCUUAUACCUGGUAUCUACCUGGAGAUUAUUACUAUCCUGAUGAUCCUUCAACUAUCGGGAAGCCACUAGAUACUGGCCGAAAAAGUCAAAGUGAGUUUUGAUCAAAAAAAAAACUCCUCAAAAUUCAUAAAAUGCUCCGGAUUUUCAAAAUUUAAGAAAAAUCUCUCAAAAUACUUGAAUACCCUUCAUUUUUUGGAAUCACGAGAAAAUAAAUAUUUGAUAAAACAAAAAAUGUUGUUUUCAAAGUGAUUUUGACUUUUCUUUUUUGCCCCAAAAUGUGCGCCAAUAAGCACCACUUGGCCCAAACUUCGUGCAAUGCAAUUUUCUAGGCCAGUUUUUUCCAUUCCAUUCUGUCUAGUACGUAAAAAUUCUCACUUUCAGGGCCGGACGGAAAAGAGAACCAAGCACCCAGAAACUACACGGGCGGCUUCAACCAACACCGGAGGCCUCCGUACUUCUACGGCGAAUGGUUCAGCGACCCGUUCCGGGACCGAACCGCCGACUACAACGCCCACAUCAACAUGCACGGAACCCAUCACAACCUCGACCGACCCAUCAACCACAACCGAACCGCAACCACGACGCAAAGCCCUCGCCCAAACUGGCAUGGGAUGAAUCCACAGGCCGGCUCCCAUGGCUGGAAUGACCGCAGCCAUUUCGGGAACACGAAUCGUGGCCCUCCGACUCCGAACAAUCAAGGUCGAACCGUCCUUGGUGAUAUAACCCGAGGCGGUGGGAAUUGGAAUCCGAGUGGCCGUCGUGGUGGCGGCUGGAAUCAGGGCCCUUUCCGAGGAAAAUGA